CGGACAUCCCGGAACUGCAGUUUCGCAGACCAGAACCAAUUUAGAGCACAGUACCGGCUUGCUACACAGGAUCGUGCAGAGCCAUCGGUGAACUUUUUUCAUGGCCACUAUUUGUAGGCGUGGGUGAAUCUUUUGUUAAAACUUUCGUGUGACCUUCGAAGAUAAACUCACGCUAGUCAGUCAGACAGCGCCACUAACGGUACGUUUGGCAAUCUCUCGCAAGAACGGAAGCAGCAGAUUCGUGAGGAAUUUAACGCUGAGAAGAAGUUUAGAGAAGAAGUCCAGAAAGAAGAACAGCAACGUCUGGAACGCGAAGUGGUCCAGAAGCAGCAACAGCAGCAGUUUGCCCGACCGGUCGCCAUGGCCACGCAACCGAUCACCGCUGUGCAACCGGUGGGAAGCAACCAACCAAUCGCCGCGAUCCCCGUCAAUCAACAGCGAACGUCGAUUGAUCCGGUGCAGUUCCUGGUUUCUGGAGCGUUUGGGAACAUCUUAGCGCCGAAAUACAUGAACCCCGAGCAAGCCGGUAGCCAGCUGAUUCCUCCGUUGGUCGGGCCUCAGCUGCAGCAGCAACAGCAACGCAGUCUCCAGCAAGCACAGGCCAUGCAACAGCCCCUGCAGGCGGAUGCCCGCCAAUUCAUGCCGGGUCUUACCAGCGGUCAGAUGCAGUAUCCGGGAAUGGGAUCGACUGGCGCUCUUCCGGGUUUCGGACAAGCGCUGCCCACCUUUGGCAGCUACCCGCAGAACCAGAUGACCUAUCCGAACCAGCUGGGAGCGGCAUCCAUGAUGACACCAGCCUACCAGGCUUACAAUCCGCAGAUGCAGGGUGCCGGUGUGGGAAUGAACUACCAGCAACCAUUAGGAAUAGGGACAAUGGGUUGAUCGCGAUUGUAAAAUGUUUUGUAAUGCUUUUUGCUCUUCGUACUGCAUAAAAAAUUGCAGAUUGUGCUUAGUUUAUGUUUAUCUGGGAACGGACAAAGUUCGAUGAGGUAGAUGUGUAUUCCGUGAUCGAUAAAAAAUGUGACUAUGACUUAUGUAAGUGACUUC